CAGUCGUCAGAAUGUAUGCCAACCUCGAACAGCUCUGGGACGUCUUUGAAGGACGCAGUUGCGUCCGCCAUGAUGGUUAACGUCUAUUCAGAGUAAGUUAUGCUAUAAACUGAUGUGCCUGCCACCUGGGCAAUAUCGAGGAAGAUGUUGUUGAAGACGCGCCAUGUUUGUUCCUAAGGCUGCUGCCAAACAACGCCCGUGGCUGUGCGCUUGCAUCAUCACGCUGCUCGUACCAGCAGGGAACCACGCUGCACAAAAAUACGAUAUAGCUGUGGUUAAGACGUUGGAGGCAAUAUUUAUAUGGAAGAGCGGACCGAACAUUUCUGGUACCAUCAUCAUCUGUCAGGGGGCUGUGUGUGCACUUUUCCAAUCCGAGUCAUCGCUACGAUAUUAUUGUCACUCAACAAUUGCGCUACAAUACAGGCCCGAGUUUUCAAAGCCACAGACCAAAUAACUGGACAAGUGGUAGCUGUCAAGAAGUCCCGUGUCCCGCUGCGGUUCAAACGUACGGUUAUUCAACAUGAAGCCCGCGUCCUCCAAAUGUUGUGCGGUCAUCCAACCAUCCCAUUGGUGUGCGCCGUCGAGCGAUUCGAACAUUUCGAAUAUCUUUCGAUGGAGCUGUUGGGACCGAAUAUCCGUGCUAUCGUGGAGAAAGCCGAGGCAGUGCGAAAGAGGAUCGCUCCUCGACUGGCUGUACAAAUGCUUUCGGCAUUGAAGCACGUUCACUCUCAUGGUAUCAUCCAUGGUGACAUAAAGCUAGAUAACAUCCUACUCUGUCCUACAGAUCAUCACCGCAUUCGCUUGAUUAAUUUUGGCAUAACGCAUCAGUACCUCGGGCAACCUGCCCCUAUAAUCGGCCCCGGGAAGGAGCCCGACUGCGUUUUGGGAACUUUAUAGUACGCGAGUUUACACACGUACCGAGGCUUGGGGCAGCUUUGACCCGACGAGACAACUUUGAAUCGUUGGCUUACACUCUUUUCGAGAUCCUGCGGAGACGCCUGCCCUAGGAUAGACCAUACGUUUCCACGAGCUCGCAU